ACACAACCCCAUCCAACAGCAGAAACGAUCACAGCUCAGCUCCCGCACUGCAGACUUAACAGCAUGGAGCUUCAUUUAUGAGAAAAAAAUAACGUUGUGAAGGCCAGAGGGCACUUUUCCUGAUGACUCAGCCGUAAGGAUGCUGUUGGUAUGAUGGUGCCCACCCAGCCUUGACAAUGUACGAGGUGAUGUCAGGGGAUACCCUGGCCUGGAAGGGGCCCAGUCCGAGACAAAGUGACGCAGAGCCCAGCCCAGAAUCGCUCUUCACUGUGGCUGGAGGGCCCAUCAAAAUACUCAAAGUGUGUUUCUGCACCAACAAUAACCUGGGCAAGAACUUCAAGCUUGUGAAAUGUGACAGCUCCUGGCAAAUCAGGGCUAUUAUUCGAUCGAUUCUGAUCAGCGGUCGAUUGGGGCCGAACAUCGAACACGCGGGAUGCUACGGUCUCCUGCUGAAACACCUGAAGUCAGAAGAGCUUCACUGGCUGCAUCCAGAUCUGACUGUAGGCGAGGUGGAGCAACGCUACGAGAGCCACCAUGUAGAAGCUGAGUGGAGGUAUGACCUUCGUAUCAGAUACAUUCCUGUCAAUUUCUUGGAAAAAUUCAAAGACGACAGAUCUACGUUUGUAUAUUUUUACCAACAGGUGCGCAGUGAUUACAUGCAGUAUCAUGCUAGUAAGGUCAGUGAUGGGAUGGCGCUGCAGCUCGGCUGUUUGGAAAUCAGGAGGUUCUAUAAAGACAUGAAUUCAAAAGGUCUAGAAAAGAAGUCCAACUUUGAGCUGCUAGAAAAAGAAGUGGGCCUGGACCUUUUCUUUCCUCCAGAGCUGAUUAACAGCAUGAAGUCAAGGCAGCUUCGGAAGUUGAUCCAGCAAACGUUUCAACAGUACGCGACGCUCAAAGAGGACGACUGUAUGGUGAAGUUUUUCGAGACCCUCCGAGAGUUCAUCAGAUAUGAUGAAGAGGCCUUCCCGUGUGAACUAGUGCAAGGUUGGAGUCUGUCAGUGGAGCUGGUCAUCGGUGGCAGGGGAAUCCGCCAACGCACACAGAAGGAUUCAGCGGCUGUUUUUCUGGCCGACUUCAAACAGAUCAAGAGAAUACAAUGCCUAUCUCAGGGCGACGGCAAAGCUCUCAUAAACUUUGACAUAGAGGGGGCCAGACAACGCCUGUCGAUCAAUGUGGCCACUGUCCCUGUGGCAGAGAACAUGAUGGACCUUAUUGAUGGCUACUGCCGCUUGGAAAAUGACACAGAUGAUAGUGUAAUCUAUCGACUAAAUAAAGAUGCAAAUGCACGAACUUCCCUACCCGAGCUCCCCACAAGCAGGGACACCAGCUCCAUCAGGCACAGUAUGGGCUCAGAUAUCUAUUGUGAAAUUCUCGAUGAAAGGCCAAGAUCAGUUGUUAAGUACGGGAUCGACCGAAGUGACAUUGUACUUGGACGAAUCCUGGGUGAGGGCUUUUUCGGGGAAGUCUACGAUGGAGUUUACAAAAAAGCUGAUGGCAAUAGAGUUAACGUAGCAGUGAAAACCUGCAAAGACUGCUCACCUGAUGUGAUGGAGAAGUUCAUGAGUGAAGCAGUUAUAAUGAAGAACCUGGAUCAUCAGCACAUUGUCAAACUGAUUGGGAUCAUUGAGGAGGAUCCUGUGUGGAUCGUCAUGGAGCUUUAUGAGCAUGGAGAGCUCGGUAACUACCUGACUCAGAACCAGAAGACCCUGACAAACAUUACCCUGGUGCUGUUCAGCCUGCAGAUCUGCAAAGCUCUCGUCUUCCUGGAGGGAGUCAACAUGGUGCACAGAGACAUCGCGGUUCGGAACGUGUUAGUUGCCAGUCCAGACUGUGUGAAACUCGGAGACUUCGGUCUGUCCAGAUACAUCGAGGAUGAAGAAUACUACAAAGCGUCUGUUACUCGGUUGCCAAUUAAGUGGAUGGCUCCAGAGUCCAUCAACUUCAGACGUUUCACGUCAGCCAGUGAUGUGUGGAUGUUUGCCGUGUGUGUGUGGGAGAUAAUGAGUUGUGGGCAGCAGCCAUUUUUCUGGCUGGAGAACAGAGAUGUCAUUAACCAGCUGGAGCAGGGAAUCAGGCUGCCCAAGCCAGACAACUGCCCUCCUGCCCUGUACUCGCUCAUGACCCGCUGCUGGUCCUACGACCCUCGAGAGAGACCCAACUUCACCGAGCUGGUGGUCAAGAUCAGUGAUGUCCACAAGAUGGAGAAGGAGCAGGAGGUGGAAAGAGAGCGGGACAGGACGCGCUCUAUUAAAUAUUUUGAACCCAAGUUCAACUUCAACGAGCCUCCUCCGAAGCCCUCAAGAAUGAAACCAGGGAGGUUUGGGAACACGCUCAGUAUUGGUCUUCACAUUCAGCUGAAUGAGGCUUUAUGUGCCAGCUCACCUGACCUGGCCAGCCCAUGUGAAUAUCAGUCACCUGUGGACUCCAUGAACGCACUUACCCUGCCGGUCAGGUCCCCUCGACCACGAAGCAUGGGGGAAGGCGGGUUUCUUCGACUGGAAGCGAACAGCCGGGAGGACGCCCAGCGCCUGUGGCAGCAGGACAGGCAGAACAUGCAGAACACGCUCCGCCAGCAGAAAGUGCAGAUGAUGGAGGAUGAAAAAUGGCUGGAGAUGGAGGAGAGACUCCUGGUGGGAAAUAGAGCGUCAUUAACUUUUGUCAACCCCCUCUCUCUGUCUCUGUGUCCCCCUGCUCCAAAAUUCAUUGUGGCCCUGGAGGCUACGCUGAACGGGGCGUCGUCAAACAAUUUAAAGCCGCUGGUUCACUCUCGACGCCCCGCUAGUUUGAAUCUCAACGUUCCCCUGAUAACAGUUCCAAAGAGAGGGUCCAUGUCCAUAAUAUAUAAAAUGAACCUGCCUGUUCUUUUGCAGGACCCCAUGGGACCAGAGGACCCUGGCAGCCUAGUGUCUCCUGACGGCGACGCAGAAAAUGGACCUCCAGACAAGCCCCCACGGCUCACAGCACAGCCCGCACCCACAGCAGAGCUGGACCGCUCAGAUGACAAAGUGUACCAGUCCGUCAUGAACCUUGUCAAGGUCGUCGUCCAACUCAAGAAUGACAUCACCGAGCUUCAACCAGAGCGAUACAUCACAAUCGUCCAGUCUACCGGGAUGGCUUUACGAGAUCUGAUCCGCAGUGUGGAUGACAUACUGCCCUCCUUACACCAGUCUGUCAGGACCGAGAUCGAGGGCACCCAGAAGCUGCUGAACAACGACAUGGCAGAGCUGAUCAGCAAAAUGCGUCUGGCCCAGCAGAACGCCAUCACCUCUCUGAAGGAGGAGUGUAAGAAGCAGAUGCUGGCUGCAGCUCACACCCUGGCUAUGGACAGCAAGAACAUGUUGGACGCUGUGGACCAGGCCAGAGUCAAGGCCAACAUAGCCAAGCCUGUGACCCUCUAGUGGACUGUAAACAAUCUUUUAUUUCAGGUUUUAGACUUUGUCCUCAUCUGUCGGUCAGAAAUGACACACAGUUAAAGUCGGGCAGCGGGCAUCAUCAUUUCUGUAAAUGAGUGUUGUUUAGUUUAAAUAUGAUGCUAAAACUCGGUGGAUAAAGUUGAUGUAUAUUCUUGCCAUGGUAGUAUGUAUACUGAAAUGAAUGGUUGUCUUAUCAGCAUCAUGUUUAGGAGGUCAGACUGACGCUUUGAUUUGGGAUCUGUGAGUAACUGAUUUAAUCCUCUGCCCAGAAACAAAAUUAUUCUUGUGGAUAUCAGAUUUUUUUCAUAUCAAGUUAAACAGGUUUUACCGUGGAGGAAAAAGUUCAAAGAUAUCCAAUAUAAUAUAAAACACAAGAACAUUAUUUACUCUUUCAACAGUAACAUGUGUAGAAUGUAAAGAUGAAAAAACCAAAAGGCAAACCAUACCUAACAAGGUUUAGAGUUUAAAAUUAGGAGGAAAAGACUUAAAUUCAUAGAUUAUAGAUGAUCAGCUGUGUGUCGGGUACGUUGUUCAACUGAAAAGAGUUCAAGUUUUGGUUCGUUGUCAUAUUUGAAAAUAUAAAGCUCUAACAUAUAAAUCAUGAAAAUAAAUGUCAUGAUGUAUACUACUAUACGUUAAUGUCCAAAUAUCUUGAACUUGUGCUUCUCUAUUUUAGGUUUUCUGUCACUUUCAAAGAAGUGAGGUUUUGGUUUGUUGCAGGUGAUGAACACAAAAUUGACACCUUUCUAAUAUCAUGUAGUCCAAUGUAUUAAUGCCAGUGUUUCCAGCCUCAGAAAUAAUAACAAUCACUGUGUGAAAUAAACACAGUAAGUAUUUCUGCGUUUCCCUACAGAUAGUAAAUGUUAUGGUUCUUUAAUCUAUCAUACUGUGUCUGUGUUUUAUGAUUUGUAUGAACAUUUGAGGGAACAUUUGUAUUCUGGAUGUCGUGAAGCUGUAUUUAAGACAGAGUCUUUUAAAUCACUUAAUCCAUGCUAUAAAGAUGCGUUUUCAGAAGGGAAUUUAUUACAUAGUUUGAUCAUUCAAAAUAAAUACAAUCAUGGCAUCAUG